AUCGAUUCCCGGCAAUAUUGAUUAAUUACGAACCAGCAAUACUUGAAAAUAUGUAUUUAUUUUGAUUUGGUCAACUGGACUCUAUAGAAUUCGCUCGGUUAAAAAACGGUUUAGUUCGCUUGGUUUGACCAGUUAUAGCUUAAAACAACAACUGUAGAAGAGAAAAAUAGAGAUUCUGAGCAAAAAAGGAAUUUUGAAAUUGUCGAAAAAAGAACGUAAAACUAGUUUUAUAACAAACUUACAAACUUUAUUUUUAAUCAGCAAACAGUAUCGUGAAAUAAAUAACUAGUAGUUGUAGUAGGAACUCAAGGUCUUAACAAAGCUUCUGUUCCUUUGUUGAUUUCGAAGAUUUAUGUUGUCAGUGUGUUGUGUAUUUUUUGAAUCUUCUUUUUGGUAUUUCGUGUCUUCUAUCUUUUGUCCUUUGACUUUUGUGUCUGCUGUGUCUUUAGUGUCUUCUGUGUUUUCUUCUAUUGUUUUCUGUCUUCUGAAUCUUCAGUAUGUUGUGUUUUCUAUUAAAUUUCUGAUGUCUUGUUCUUUUAUGUUUUCUGUAUAUUUUUGGUCUUUUUUUUUGUCUUAUGUGUUGAUCAAGGAAGCUUGACAAAAUCAGUAUUUCUGCCAAGUGUCAAAAAUGCCUCAGCGGCCGCACAGGCACACCGCCGGCGGAAAAAUCAGUUUCGUCACUCGGCACGUGUGUAAACUCGAUCGUUUAGAACUCCAACGUGAACUGCCUCGUGUGGCUCCUUUCGCCCCCGCUUACAAGAAAUGUUUGUACAGUUUUCGCAAAUGGACAGUUGUCAGUCGUUACAACCCCGAAAGCAAAUUAUACUUCCGAAGCAAUUUGUCCCUGUUCAAGGAGCAACAGCGUCAACUCCGCAACAAAAAACUCCGAAUGGUUAUUCAUCCUUUGAGCAAAUUUGCAAUGUAUCGCAAAAUGUUUAUUGGUUUUCUGUGGAUGAUCGCGUUCGUCAUUGAUCCGCUUUUCAAUGCUUUUAUCUCUCCUUUCUACACAGUGGCCAAAGAUGUGAAAUACAAAGAGGUGACACCACAGGAAUUGAUCCUCAUGAUUAUGAAUUGUGUGUUUCUUGUUGAUACAAUUGUUCAGUUUUUCAUGGGGUUUUUGGUGCCUCGGACCAAGGAGAUAGUGCUUGACCCGCAGAGGGUGGCUAGAGAGUACCUCAACGCGUACUUUUUGUACGAUUUUAUUCCGGCUGUUUACGGGAUUAUUUACUAUGUCUGUAAUAUUGAGUAUCUGAAGGACUUGUUCAAGAUUUCGAUACGCGUUCGUCUCUGGCUCAAAAUACCUCCAGUGUAUGCCGUUCGUUUCGUCCGGAUUAAUUCAAUGUUGGAGUACAUCGUCCACACUUUGCAGUUUUUCAGAGUGCGCGAAUCCUUUAUCAAAUGCAUCACAAUUGCGUUAAUGAUGAUGUUGAUUAUCCACUGGUGGACUUGCGUCCUUUACAUUCUUCCCGUCAUAACCUACUAUGAGCGUUUCCCUCUUUCCAACUCCUACAUUCUUAAAACCACUCUUGGCACUAAUCGCCCCCUUGAUAACGUCUACGUUGAUUGCCUUCUUUGCACAGUUUGUCAUUUCUUUGGAGCUGGCACAGGCAAUAUCGAAACUGAAAACCCUUUUGAACAACUAGUCCUCGCAUUGAUUCUCAUCUGCGGAAUCGCAUGUCACAUUUAUGUCAUUGCUGAGGUCCUCCAUCUCUUCGGAACCAUCAAUGUUUCGGAGGCCAAAUACGAAGAACUCAUCUACCAACUAAACGAGUACAUGGUUACGAAAAAACUCCCUUUCAUGUUGCGAAAACGCCUCCUAAUGUACUACGAGUACCGCUACCAAAAACACUUCUUCAUGGAACACCUUAUCCUCAACUCGCUUUCUGAACACCUCCGCUACGAGAUCCUCUUGUACGGCUGCCGCAAUUUGAUAAACAAAGUCAAACUGUUCCAAGGAGCCCCGAAACAAGUGAUUGGCGCUCUUGUCGCAUUGCUCAAACAGGAGAUUUUUUUACCCGACGAUAAGGUCGUCAAACUGGAGACUGUGAACAAUAACGUGUACUUUAUUUCCUACGGAACGGUAGCGGUGUGUCUACCAGAUGGUAGGGAAGCGUUUCAUAUGGAAGAUGGCCAACACUUUGGGGAAAUGUACCUCGUAACGCAAGAGCAUUAUAUGGCCGAAAUAGUCGCAGUCGAAAUCACCGAAGUGUAUUAUUUGGAUAGUAGAGAUUUCUGGUACGUGGUGUCCACGCAUCCGGAACUUGCCGAUAAUUUGGAGAAGACUGCGUUGGUUAAGGCAGUGGCGCUUAAGGAGAUUGCCGCAGCGCUGGACACUGCCAUAGACACUUCGGAUAUUUUGAUGGAGCUGAGGAAGGGGCACAUUAUUAAGUCGGGGCGUAAGCGAUAAAAACAGUUUUAAGCCCAGUUUUGUACAGAUAGUGGAUAAUAAAAUAUCGUUUUUUCUUUUUUAUA